UCCAUCGGUUCCUUUUUCAACUUCUCAUGUCUGAAACUGCUUUGGGCUUGUGGCACACACCGUUCGUGCGCUAAUAUCAAGUACUCUUCAAGUGCCCUCUUUGAAGAGUUUCAAUGUCUUCUUUGAAGGAUUCUCCCUCAGAUAUUCGGGCACGGAUAGACGAAGUAAGGCGGUUUCUGUCAAUAGCGCUGAGCAUCGCUAACGCUCAUACGGUGGAGUUCUACACUCACGAUGUGUGGAGCAGGCUAAUAGCUGUCACACCAGAAGAGGUCUUAUCAGCCAUCAGUUUUCAGGACGGCCACCAGAGGGCGCCCGAACGCAACACAGAUGAGACGCCUAAAACCACAUUUGGGUUUUGCGAGAGAACCCAUCGCCUGGUUGAUAUUCAUACAUUACUGGAGGCUGCCAAAGCGCUCUCUAUCCCUGGCCUUGGAGUCUGUCUGUCCAGGAAGCAGCUGAUGCAGUCUCUCAGAAAAGACUCCCACGUCUCCACACAUGCAGAGCAAGAUGCGGAGUUGGAGCCGAGCGAGUUCAUGAACUCCAAGAAGUCCCACGAGGUGCAGUUCAUGUCGGAGGUGGUGUCCUGCCUCGCCCAGGGGUGCAGGGUCAAUCAGGUGAUCGACGUGGGCUCAGGUAAGGGCUACCUGUGCUCCUUCCUGUCGCUGCGCUACGGCCUGCAGGUGUACGGCAUCGACUCCUCCAGCUCCAACACCCACGGGGCCCACGAGAGGAACCGCAAGCUGAAGAGGUUCUCCAGGGCCUACCAGACCCACCUGAGGAGCCCUCCUCAGCCGGAGCUCCCAGGGUCAGCGGACGUGGCGGCGGCGGCGGCGGCGACGGCGGCGGCCGAUAAACCCGUGAGCGACGGGGGCCAAUCGGAGGACGUUAUCGGUACGGCUGCCGAGAGAGGAAGGUCGGUGGUGGAUGGAUGUGCGCCCGAUGCGGUCAGAGAGGGAAACGCAGCGUGUCUGAGGGAGGAGGAAGAGGAAGACACAGCCCGUCUCAGGACGGAGGAGGGGGAUGAAGAGGGUAAAGAGGACGCGGCGGCUUCCCCUUCAGAGUCGGGCGUCUCAUCCAUAGACGUGGGUUCGAUUCCCGACGGCGAUCCCGACGCCGUGGAGGACCCGGAGCCGGCGGACCCCUUCCUGGGCGCGCUGCCCCUGGAGGCCACCGAGGCGGUCUCCGGCGCCGGGCCCCCCAGAGCAGCCCCCCCCGGGCUCAGCGCCGCGGAGCGCGAGAGGAGGAAGCAGGAGAACCUGGCGAGGAAGGCGGGCCGCGGCGCCAGGGGGCGGGGCCAGGGGGCGGGGCCGAGGGGGGCCCUCUACUCGCCGCUGACCUCCUACGUCACCGCGGAGACGGAGCUCAGGGACCUCAUCGAUGGGCUGCAGGAUGCGGUGCUGGUGGGUCUGCACACGUGCGGCGACCUGGCCCCCAGCACCCUGAGGAUGUUUGCGGCCAAGCGGGAGCUGGCGUCUGUGUGCAGCGUGGGCUGCUGCUACCACCUGCUGACGGAGGAGUUCGGCCCCCCAGCGCCCCCACCAGAUGGCGGUGUGUUUGGCUUCCCCAUGAGCGCUUACCUCCGGGAGCAGUCGUGGUUCUGUGGCCGGAACGCCCGGAUGUCUGCCUGCCUGGCUUUGGAGAGAGUGACAGUUGGCAAAGGGAUUCAAAUGGAGUCUCUGUUCUUCCGGGCUGUACUGCAUGUGAUUCUGAGGGACCACUACGACUCGUUUAAGAGUGAGAGACGGGUGGGCAACGUCUACUCCAAGUCCAAGUCCUUCGUGGACUACGUCCGUAAAGCUCUGGGCCGGCUGGAUCUGGACCAUUCCAAGCUUUCUGACAGCGUCAUCCAGGACUACCACGAGGCCUACGCUCCCCGGACGGCCGAGAUGAGGGCCUUCAACAUGCUCAAGGUGAUACUCGCCCCUUGUAUCGAAGGAGUGGUUCUGCUCGAUCGCCUCUGUUUCCUCAAAGAACAGGAGGAUAUUGCGUUCUCCGCCCUGGUGCAGCUCUUUGAUCCCCUGCUGUCGCCAAGAUGUUACGCCGUUGUUGGGGUGAAAACGGCUGGAAUAGUCGAUUAGUCACGAAGAUCCAAUUACACGUUCAUCCAGCCAUAUCGCUUUACUUUUUAUAUUGUCCCUUUUUUCAUUUUCUGUUCCUUUUUUUAUUUAUUUUUUAAGCAAUGCGAAACACUCGUAAGUCUUACCAUUUCACAACUCAUGACGCAAUUUAGUAUUCAGGGCCUAAACGUCUUUCUCUGUUUGCAGCAGAGGGGAGCGUUUGGGUUUUAUAUGGAACCGAUCUUACAAAGGUUACACCAAGGCUCCCGCACUGUCCCGCGUGGGAGCAGAGUGUGUAACAGGAAUAUAUAAUAGUUUUAUCUCAUUAUGGGAGCGUUUGCCACUGUGUCGGUCUGAGAGGGGUUCUUAGAAGAAAAGGAAAAUCCUUUUAAUGGACGGAUAAGGGGCCCCAAGGGGUUUGAAAGGGGGGGCCCCUCUUACCCGGUUUCUUUUUUGUGUUCCACCGGUCUGGAAACACCAUUUCAAGGCUCCUCACACAAAAAGCACGCACAGAGAAGGAGUCUUUACGAUCUCCCUGGGUUUGGUCGUGUUGUGUUCCUGGACAUUAAACGACCGCUCCGACCUUUGACCCGCCGAGGAGCUCAAUGUACUCGACGCCGCGCUGAACGUACGGGGAAACGCAUUUCCCACAAAGCAAGAAGUAAACAUCGACACAAUUUGGUGUGGCUGGGACGGCUGUUCUGACCUGAAGUAACCGAAUCAUGAUACUGCUGGUAUUAUUGAGUUAAUACUGUCUUGUGUUUUUAGUGUGUGGCGAAAAAAGCUACCAGUUAAUUGUACAUCAAAUUAAUUUUACAUUGUUUUAGUGAAAGUGUUUCCGACUGUUGAAUUGAAAUAAAUUCAGCUUUAGAUUUGAACUUUUGUAUUUUAUUGUACCUUAAUGCCUCCAUAAUACUUACUGU